CGUCCCCUCAUUCACUCUUGAAUUCCUGCAUCAUUAUUCACAACUACAAGUACCCCUCCAUCACAUUGAAUUUAACCAAAAAUGCUUGUGCCAAAUUGGAUUGUAUCGUUCUCAACUCCACACUAAACCGCCCAAAAAAACAAGCACGAUGUCUGCUGUCACAGCCUGGCAAACAUUCCUCAAUCACAGCCUUGCGACUCGUCUGGAACCUGAGAAAUUCGAGUCCUUCGUCCAAAUACUCGAGUCCAAGAACCGAUUAUUCCCGGCGCACAUCAGUGAUAUCGUCCUUCGGCCUACGAAAUCGAGAAUCGCAUCGCCUGACCCCCGAGUCCCACGAUAUGUGCAGAGCUUGCUGGUGUUGAAGUUGGUGACCGUACCAAGUGUUCUGAGAGCUCUUUUACGGUAUUCGACUGCGUCCGGAGUCAAUGAUAAUGCGCAGGAUUUGACAGAUAAUGCGGAGGGUAAGGAUGGAGAGGAUGAGGAGAUACCCAAGCGGUGGAGGAAUUCUUAUGCGACGGAGGAGAUGCUCUUUUACCGAUUGGCGAAGAUUAUCGCUUCUGGAACGGCGCCUAAGGAUAUGCAGGAGGCUAGCGAGUUGAUUCUUGUGCUGAUACAAUGGAUGGAGAUCAUUUUGACUGCGUAUAAUGCUGCACAAGGCAUGUUGGAGCUGGGUGGGGGACAUAUGGAGGAAUUGAGCGCUCAGAUUAUGGCUUUGGGGACAUUGGUCAUUGCUGCGGUUGAGAAUCAAAGGGUUCUGGAAGUCAUUGGCAAAGGGAAAGUUCCAUUGGGGAAAGGAAAAGAGAUAUCGAAAGUUUUGUCUAAUUUUGUUCCGACACUGCUACAGGGCAGCCCGCAAAAUGCUACGAGAUUGGAGGUUUUUAGGACGCAGACUUUGAUUGCUUUGGAGCCGGUGGAGAAGAAAGAUACAUCGGCGAAUAAGGAAAUUGAUGAAAUGCUGGAUGAUAGUAUGGGGCUGGGGAAUAUUGAUAGUAUCGCGGUUGUAGAAUUACCAAUGGUAAAUUCGAGAGCUGGGUUGUACAUUUAUCUAAAUUCUUUAGUGGGUUUUCUAAUUUCCUUUUCUGUACGAGUAAAGGUAUAAAUACUGACCAUUCCUAGCUUGUUGGACGACCUCUGAUUGAUGAUUCUGCGAUUUUUGCAUAUUUACACGCACGGUAUCAAGUAAGUUUUACCUCGAAAAUCCUCGAAGCUCAACUAAUCAUUCCAGGGUGAUACCCAAUCUACCAUCGUAGAUCUUAUUCUUGCUUCUUUUGACAUUUUGGCUGAUGCUACAUCUCGUAAUGAACGUGCACCAAUGAUAUCCAUUUUACGGUCUUUUCUCAUUAACAAAAUACCUCUCCUUUUAUCAACCCUAUCCGCUACAUUAUACCCACCACUGACUUCAGAAAGCUGCAUUACAUUAGCUCUGGAGCAUGUCGACAUCAAUCUCUUCCCAACUUUAUCGAACAUGUUUGACGAAUCUAGUACGGGAAAUAUGUUUUCUGAUUCAGUGCGGCAAGACUUUUGUUUCGCUUGCUGUCUUCAUGGGUUGAUUGAGGAAUCAAGUAUUGAAGGUUUGCUCGGUGACAUUCCAAUGCAAAGUUUACCUGCGGGUGGGAGAUAUGUGAAAGAGGAUUUGGUUCAACAAUGCUUGUCUGACCCAAGGAGAGCGGAGGGGUUGAUUGAUGAGCUAGAGCAUAUGGAUGGAAACGUUGGAGCUGUCAGUCAAGCGAUGACCGAGGUCAGCCGAGCCCCUUAUUUCAGGAGAUACUCGCUAAUUGAAUUAGGUCAUUGGACGACUGUGUGGGAACAAAGACACCAUGACACUCAAAGGACUUUGUGGUCAGUUGGCGAGAAAACCAUCAUCGCUCGAUGUCAUGUUACUAUUCGACAAGCCCACUACAAUUCUUCAGCCAAUCUACGAUUUACUCGAUAAUUGGAGAUAUGACGAUGAUCAGGGGGAAUAUCAACCUGUUUACGAGGAAUUUGGAUCGAUACUGCUUCUGGUUCUUUCUUUCACACAUAGAUAUGGUUUAUCUACCGUGGAUCUAGGCAUUCGCUCUACAGACUCAUUUGUUGCUAAGCUUCUAAAUCAGGGUCAUUUGAGUCGCGCCAUGGAGGAUCUCACAGAGCAAGAAACCAACCAUCUUGAUGGUUGGAUUAAAGGAUUAUUUGACAAUGAGAGCGGAGGUCUUGGUGACGAACUGAUGUCUUCUUGUCCCCCUCAAGACUUUUAUCUUCUCGUGCCAACAUUAUUUCAUCACAUUGUUCUUGCAUGUGCCACGAAGAAUCUUGCUGAAGAGGGUCUGAAAGGAGGACUCGAAUAUCUCAUCGAUACCUUCCUCUUGCCUUCUCUGAUACCCGGCAUUACCUGGCUUUCUGCACAUCUCUGGGAAUCUAGGGGUGACGCAAACGCCGUUCUUCAAAUCCUCUCCGCCCUCAUCACGGAGCAAAGAUCCAUCUCAAAUAAUACAGAAGCAUCACAAAUGCUCAAUUCAAUCCUCAACAUCGUCGCCAAAAAUCUUGAACACAGUCUUCGUUGGCUCCAACGCGUCGAGCCCACCCGACAAGAUGUUGAGCCUCUCUCUCGAGCCCUCCGCUCCAAUCUAGGCUGGGAAAGAAGAGCAGCAAGUGAACACACCGAGCUAGAAACUUGGACCAACGGCGGAAUCAUACCCACAAUCCGCAGCACAAUAUCCAACCUCGUCCAAUGGGGGGAAAGUCAAAACGUCGGUGGUAACCCAGCAAACUACACCCACCGUCUCCUCCUCGUCGCCGUCAAAAUGUGCGGUGCAAAACGUGUGCUCCAAUCUAUCAUCGAAGAAGUCAAGGAGUCGGGCAGUAGCGGUGUCGUUAUCGACGUAGCCACAGCCCUCAUCUGCGCCCCCGACGGCGAAAGUUGGGAUCCCACCGGCACAACAGGAAGCACCAUCCAACGCCGCCUCACCCUCCGCGAAGCCCUCAAAUUCGAAGCCGAAGCCAUGGUCAAAGUCCACGCCACCGAUCCCUUCCACGCUGAAACCGUCAUCCGUCUCUACCGUAAAAUCGAGGCGCAGGCCGCACUGCCCAUCAUGUCGAAUGUUGUCGUGGAUGGGGUUAUGGGCCCGGGUGUUAGUGUGGGGGGGAUGGAGGGCAUGGAGGGGAUGAAUGAUGGGGGGAUUAUGGGGGAAGGUAUGGGGAUGGGGGAGGGAUUGGGGAUGGGAGAGGGGAUGGGACUUGUGGGCGAGGGGUUGGAGAUUGAUCAUGGGGAUUUGAUGAGUGGGCUUAUGGGGGGCGGGCAUGCGGGUAGGGGGGAUUUGUUGGAGGGGUUUGAGGGGUUGGGGGAUGGGAUGGGGUUUUAG